CGCAUGCGCAUCCCCGCCCCCGAGCCCCGCCCUCCUGCGCAGGCGCGGCGCGGCGCCGUCGGUCGGCGGCGGCGGAGACAAGAUGGCGGCUUCCUCUGUGUGCCGGGCGGGGUGUGCGGCCGGGCGGGCGUUGCUGCGGGGCCCUCGCCCCUCCGCAGCUUUAUUGACUUUGACAAGGAACCGAGGUGCUGCCACGUAUGCCCAGACACUCCAAAAUAUCCCUGAGACCCAAGUCACCACCCUGGACAAUGGUCUCCGUGUAGCUUCAGAGGAGUCCAAUCAGCCAACAUGUACGGUGGGUGUGUGGAUCGGGGUGGGGAGCCGCUAUGAAGAUGAGAAGAACAAUGGAGCUGGUUACUUCCUGGAACACCUGGCCUUUAAGGGCACAAAGAAGCGUCCUUGCGCUGCCUUUGAGAAGGAGGUGGAGAGUAUGGGCGCUCACCUGAAUGGGUACACCUCGCGUGAGCAGACUGCCUAUUACAUAAAAGCCUUGUCCAAGGACAUGCCCAAAGUUGUAGAGCUUCUGGCUGACAUCGUGCAGAACUGUGCGCUGGAGGAUUCUCAGAUUGAGAAGGAACGUGGCGUCAUCCUUCAGGAGAUGAAAGAAAUCGACAGCAACUUGACGGAUGUUACCUUUGAUUACCUUCAUGCCACUGCUUUCCAGGGAACUCCGCUGGCCCGCACUGUCGAGGGGACCACAGAAAACAUCAAGCAUCUGACUCGAGCGGAUCUAGCUUCGUAUGUUGAUACUCACUUCAAGGCACCUCGUAUGGUCCUGGCAGCUGCUGGAGGUAUUUCGCACAAAGAGCUGGUAGAUGCAGCUAGGCAACACUUCAGUGGAGUGCCAUUUACAUACAAAGACGAUGCUGUGCCUGUCCUCCCGCGCUGUCGCUUCACAGGGAGUGAGAUCCGUGCCAGAGAUGAUGCUCUCCCUGUUGCCCAUAUUGCUCUUGCCGUGGAGGGGCCAGGAUGGGCUGAUCCAGACAACGUUGUCCUCAAUGUGGCUAAUGCUAUCAUUGGACGCUACGACCGCACGUUUGGAGGUGGUAAGAAUCAGUCCAGCAGGCUGGCUACGCUUGCUGUGGAGCAUAAUCUCUGCCACAGUUUCCAGACUUUCAACACCUCUUACUCUGAUACCGGCCUCUUCGGUUUCCAUUUUGUUUCUGAUCCUCUGUCCAUAGAUGAUAUGCUGUAUUGUGCUCAGGGGGAGUGGAUGCGUCUGUGCACUAGUACCACAGAGUCAGAAGUGAAGAGAGCCAAGAACUAUCUCCGAAAUGCCAUGGUGGCUCAACUGGAUGGUACUACCCCAGUGUGUGAGAAUAUCGGAAGCCAUCUCUUAAACUACGGGCGCCGUAUCCCUCUGGAGGAAUGGGAUGCCAGGAUUGCUGCCGUUGAUGCAAGAAUGGUGAGAGAAGUCUGCAGUAAAUACAUUUAUGACAAAUGCCCGGCAGUUGCAGCAGUUGGUCCCAUUGAACAGCUCUUGGAUUACAACCGUAUCCGCAGUGCCAUGUACUGGAUCCGCUUCUAGGACGUGUCCCUGCAGGUUGGAAAUAAUGAAGCUGUGGACUGUGACAGGUUCCUCCUGGCUCUUAAUGUCUUGUGCACCAGGGGCAAGAUGAGUCCCAUCAAAAUGGCCGUCUUCUCGAUGUUAAAUGUAUAAAAAUAAAAAUAAAUAUAUCCUACGUGGAGUUGGUUCU